AUCUGGAAAUUUCUCGCAAUCUAUAGAAUCUGGCUGGAUCUCUUACCCGCAGUUGCAGUUUGAAAGUAGAAGAGAAAGCAUUAGUUAAAAAUUGUUGAAUAAUAAUAUCGUACUUUUGCCGUGAUAUUUAUCUAUAACAUGAGUUCGGAAGUAUUAAACUGGACAUUUUCUGAUAAUAAUAAUAAUAAUAAUAUUAUGGAACUCACUUCCAACUUUUCAUGGAUCCUCGAAGUGGUAACAAAAAAUAAAAAUAAGACUGGAUCUGAUGAUGGUUAUGACAAUCCGACUGAUAUUCAUCACCAAGGACAAUUUUCAGAACCGUUCAAAGUACUGCUUCAUAUUUUGUACAACUUGGUGCUAUUCUGCGGCGUUAUUGGGAACGGACUUGUGAUUUACGUGAUUUACUCGUUGCCUCGAAUGAGAUCAACUACAAACAUCUUACUUUCAAGCUUGGCGUGUGGUGAUCUUAUCAUCGCCAGUUUUUGCGUUCCCUUUACAUACAUCUCAAUACUUUACGGGUACUGGCCGUUUGGUGGAAUAUUGUGCAAAGUCGUUUCACCUUUCAAUGCAAUUGGAGUUUUAGUAUCAGCGUUCACAUUGAUAGCGUUGGCAAUUGAAAAAUAUGUCGCCAUUCUCCAUCCACUGGCUCCACGCCUGAGGAAGUCCAAAGUUUGGUGGGUCGUCAUUCUAAUUUGGAUCGCAGCUUGUGCCACAUCAAUACCCAUCGCCGUCGUCAGUGAAAUUUACGAGUUGCCAAUAAAUGGAACAAAUGAAUCGGUGUCAUUUUGUCAAGAGCGUGGGUGGGGAAAUGCUCAGCAAGAAUUGUACUACAGCAUUUCUCUUAUGAUGGUCCAGUACUUUAUACCGCUUGGGGUUCUGGCCUUCACGUACUCACGAAUAACGUUUGUAGUUUGGGGCAUUCAGAACGAGAGACCGUCCGUGGUUACAGGACUAAAUGGCAAUAAUAAUGAAAUCAAUCUCAACCGAAAUUCAAGAACUGACACGAGAAGUCGCAAGACGGUACUACUGACCUUAGCUGUGGUGUGCGGGUAUACGCUGGCUUGGCUCCCCUACAACAUCAAUUACAUCAUUUCCAGACAUAAUCCGGAAUACACGAAUGAAUAUAUUUCGAUCGCCUGCCAUUGGCUCGCAAUGUCGCACAGUUUUUACAAUCCCGUCAUUUACGCUUGGAUAAACAACAGUUUUAAAAAUGCAUUUAAAGAUGUGUACAGAAAAAUUAUUUGCUGUGUCAAGCAACAAGCGUCCAGUGGAAUUUCGACGAGGUGCAGAGAUCGAAGCUCUUUCUCUACCACCAUGUCCACCGUGAGAUGGAAAAGUUAUCGAAAAAUUUCAUUUACACCAGAACCAAAUAACGCACCAAUGAGAAAGGAUGGCAAGGAUCUGAGCAUAAUCAAUGAAGAAACAUGAUCCCAAUGCCUUUAAUUAACGUUGUGGUGUGUACAUAUGUUUUUAAAAGUAAAAUUAUCAGUAUUAUACUCAUGUGUAUUAUCUGAAUAUUUAAUAUGCAAUCAAUAAACCCGUGUUAUUCUUGUCAGGA